UUCUCCAAAUUGGGAGGGAAAUUUUCCCGCCAAUUUUCUCUCUCUUACAAAAACUAACUCUCUUUCUCUUUCUCUCUCUCCGUGCUCGAAACCCUAGCACCACCAGCACCACCACCGCCGCCGCCAUCUCCAUCGCACUGUAUUUUCCGUACAUCCAUGGCGGAGACUCCGAAGAAGCACCUCCUCAAGUCGCCGAGGAGCUCCAAACACCAAACGAAGUCGACUCCAAAACCUUCUACGCCUUCGCCUCUCGCUCCUGUAACCCCUCAAACCCAAACCCUAACCCCUCGCAGAUCCUCUCGCCUAAACUCUCCACUCUUCGAUCCACCAGUCUCGAUCGAAGAACCAAAGGAAACCCCAAGAAGUGGCAAGAAAACGAGCCGCACUUCCGAUCCGAACACUCCCCGAGAUUCGGCUCAAAAAUUACCGAAAUUGAAGCAUAAAGACAAGGAAGAUCCGGUAAAAGUCGAUGUCUCGUCUUUUUCUCCGGCUUCUCCGGAGCAAUUGGAGUCGAAGAGGAAGAGAAAGAGGCAAGAAGAGAGCAAAGUGGUCACGAGAGCUAAGUCGGCGGUGUCGGUGCCGAAAAGGCGAGUGUAUUACAAGAAAGUUGUGUAUGAUGGAGGGGAGUUUGACGUAGGGGAUGAUGUGUAUGUGAAGAGGAGAGAGGACGCGAGUUCCGACGAUGAGGUGCAGGAAAUUGAGGAGUGUAGAGUGUGCUUUAAGGCUGGGAAGUCUGUGAUGAUUGAGUGUGAUGAUUGCUUAGGUGGGUUUCAUUUGAAGUGCUUGAAACCGCCGUUGAAGGUGGUUCCGGAAGGGGAUUGGGUAUGCGGGUUUUGUGAGGCUCGGAAAUCUGGCAAGGAGGUUGAAUUUCCAGUGCCACCGGAGGGGAAGAAGCUGGCGAGGACGAUGAGGGAGAGGCUGCUUUCGAGUGAUUUGUGGGCUGCACGUAUUGAGAGUAUAUGGAAAGAAGUGGAUGGUAUCUAUUGGUGUCGGGUUCGUUGGUAUAUGAUCCCGGAAGAGACUGCUGCUGGAAGACAGCCUCAUAAUUUGAGGAGGGAGCUAUAUCGUACAAAUGAUUUCGCUGACAUCGAGAUGGAAUCUGUUCUUAGACAUUGCUAUGUCAUGAUCCCUAAAGAAUAUGCCAAGGCCAAUUAUGGAGAUGAUGUUUUUCUUUGUGAGUAUGAAUAUGAUAUUCAUUGGCACAGUUUCAAGCGUCUUGCAGAGAUUGAUAAUGGUGAAGAGGAUGGUGAAGAAGAUGAUGACAGUGAUGAAGAUUGGAAACUUGGCAAGGAUUCAAAUUCUGAUACAGAUGAAGACAUUGAAUAUGAUGAUGAGAACAUAAAAAGUUUACCAACCAAGCAAUCCUCAGCUCAUGAGUUGGCUGCAAACUCAAGGAAGGGACAGUUUUUUGGACUUCAAAAGAUAGGGACAAAGAAAAUCCCAGAGCAUGUAAGAUGCCACAAACAGACUGAACUUGAAAGAGCAAAGGCAACACUUCUGCUGGCAUCAUUACCUAAAUCUCCGCCUUGCAGGAACAAAGAAAUGGAGGAGAUAAAUGCAUUCAUCAAAGGCGCGAUCUGUGAUGAUCAAUGUUUGGGACGUUGCUUGUACAUUCAUGGUGUUCCUGGAACUGGCAAGACAAUGAGUGUACUAGCGGUAAUGAGAAAUCUGAGGUCAGAAGUUGAUGCAGGAAGUAUAAGACCAUACUGUUUUGUGGAGAUUAAUGGUCUAAAGUUGGCGUCACCAGAGAAUAUAUACAGGGUUAUAUAUGAAGCAUUAAGUGGGCAUAGAGUCAGUUGGAAAAAGGCUCUCCACUUGUUGAACGAACGAUUUUCGGAUGGAGAGAAAAUUGGUAAACAGGAUGAUCGGCCUUGUAUUCUGCUCAUAGAUGAACUUGAUCUUCUUGUAACCAGAAAUCAAUCGGUUCUAUACAACAUUCUUGAUUGGCCUACUAGGCCAAAUUCCAAAUUAAUUGUGAUAGGUAUAGCAAAUACCAUGGAUCUUCCAGAAAAGUUGCUUCCUCGUAUUGCAAGUCGUAUGGGUAUGCAAAGGCUUUGCUUUGGCCCUUAUAAUUAUCAGCAACUUCAAGAAAUCAUUUCAAGUCGCCUUAAAGGAAUCGAUGCAUUUGAAAAACAAGCUAUAGAAUUUGCUUCAAGAAAGGUUGCAGCAAUAUCAGGAGAUGCACGACGUGCACUAGAGAUAUGCAGGCGUGCGGCAGAAAUAAAAGAUUAUCAUAUCAAGAGCCUAAAAUCAGCUCCUAAGUCUGUUUGUUCAGGAAAAUCACUUGUUGGUAUGGCUGAUGUUGAAGCAGCCAUUCAAGAAAUGUUCCAGGCACCUCAUAUUCAGGUAAUGAAAAGUUUUUCCAAACUAAGUAAAAUCUUCUUGACGGCUAUGGUGCAUGAGCUAUAUAAAACAGGAAUGGGUGAAACCAACUUUGAAAAGUUGGCACUGACGGUCUCAUGUCUCUGUACAAGCAAUGGAGAAGCAUUUCCUGGAUAUGACACACUCUUGAAAGUUGGCUGUAAGCUUGGUGAAUGCAGAAUUCUUGUAUGUGAGCCAGGCUCUAAACACAGGUUGCAAAAGUUGCAGCUCAAUUUUCCGAGCGAUGAUGUGUCUUUUGCAUUGAAAGACAGCAAGGAGGUUCCUUGGUUGGCCAAGUAUUUAUAAUUCAAGACUCAUACAAUCACAUUCAAUUUUUAGUUCAGAACAACAAAUUUUUACUUGCUCUCCAUUUUUUUAAAUUCUAAAUCCCCAUUGAUUUAUGUUCUUUCCAGACUUGGAUACGUCAUUUUUCCUUUCCUUUGUUCCUUUAUUAUAAACUUUGAGUUCAUUUAGAGAGUUUGUAUCUUGUUCCUGAGGCCCUGUUAUUUUUCUAUUAGAAACUUUGAGACAAAGAAACUUAAAUUUUAUCUCUUUUUUCUUCCCUAAUAAGUGAGAAGUACAAAAUUAGAAUC